AAGUGUUUCAGUGCAGGCUCUCAGGCAGCCCAUCCCUCUUUAACUAUUCCUUUUAAACCCCUCAAAAAUGCUCCCAUGGAGCAACUUUAGUGCGACGCCCUGGUCGCAACUUCUGUCCUUCAUUUUCAUUUUCCUCUCCUUUCUACCACAUAUAUCAUGGGCUUCAGAGUGGAUCGACUAUUCGCCAGAUGGAUAUGCUACUAUGACACACUACAGCCUCCCCGAAAACUUUAUUGCAGCAUGCGGGUGUACAUCCACAAGCACAAAUUAUCCAACUGCUGCAAUGAAUCAGAUGGCAUACGGCAGCAGUACAUCUUACGGCCCCGCUUGUGGACAAUGCUUUAAUCUCACCCUACUAAAUUCUUUCCUUUCAAAUCCCCCUUUCUACCCCAACGUCACAAAAUCAGUAGUCAUCAAAGUCACUGACUUAUGUCCAUUAUCUCAUUCCGGCUGGUGUAAUGCAACUACUCAUGGGCCGAACGCUGGUAGUCACUACUUGAAUUUUGACCUCGCAUGGCCCUCAUCUUCGAUUCCAAAUGAUUUCUUUCCAUCAAAUGAACCACUUUAUGGUUGUACUGACUUUGGCGUCUGGAAUGUCAGUUACCAGUCGGUCUCCUGUACAAAUUGGAAGGGCUGGAAUAACGCUGCUGCUCUCGGGAGUGUGGUUAACCUGGGAUACAGCGCAUGCUGUCCCAACAAUCCAGCUGGAAGUACUAAUGAUACUUGUCCGUCGUAUUCUGACGACAGUGGCAUCCCACCUGACACGCAAACAUCUGGAUUUACUAUAUCCUCACCGAUUUCGCUCCUUCCUAUCGUCACACUCGCUGUAUCGUUACUAUCCCACGUGUUGUAAUUUCUUGGUUUUUCCGGCUUCAUGAAUUUUUUUGGCAUACCCCGAAUGCAUUGCAGUGGCGCGUACAAGAACGAUGGCUACUCCAUACAGCAUGUAUUCUUCACACUCACGACUUCCAUACUUAUAUUUGGACAUCCACUGCUGGCAUAAAAGCUAGCUCAGAGUCAGGUGCCCAAGUACCUCGAUGGCUCAGCUACAUAUACAUCAC